GGUGGCGGCCGUUGGCGCCACGGCGAGCGGGAGGGCCCAGGCGGCGGUGGUGGAGGGUGCGUGUGAAGGUGAUUAUUCAACUUACUCAAAGAUGAAGAGGAAACUUGCAACAGCUGGGAAAUUGAGACUUAGUCCUAAUGAAGAAGCUAUGUUUCUGAAAGAAGAAUAUGAAAGAAGAAGAAAACUGAGGCUGCAACAGGUCAGAGAGCAGCAGAAGUAUAUCUCCUACCAGAUAAGGCAGAAGGUAAAGCAGAGGAGAGAAGAACAACUACAUCAGYUGGAGGAGGCACUGAGAGCUGAAUGGCAGAAGGCACAGGAUGAGAAGAUGAAAGCCCUGGAAGAACUGUAUUUAUCAAGCUUAAGAGCGAUUGGGGAGGGUCACCGACAGGCCAAGGAGAAUGAGCCUGACUUAGAAGCUCUGGCAAAGCAAGCAGAGGAAAGGAAACAAAGAGCAGAGACAAGACAUAGAAAAGCUCUGAUAGAGCAGAAGCAACAAAAAGAAAAUUUACUUCGUGAACAAGCCAGACGAGUAGACGCACGUAAACGUGCUCUGGAAGUGGAAAGACAAAGAGCAGCCAAAGUUGCAAGCCUGCCACCUCCUCCACCACGUCCUUUUGAGAGUUUUGAAGUGAAAAAGAUCGCUGCGAUGAAGCCUUCUGGUGCUGGCAACUUUUCUGUUACACGGUACCACAUUUCUGAAACUUUGGUGAACAGAGAAGUGGAUGRAGAGCAGCCAGAUGCUCAUUUAGCUGCUGAAGAAGAAGGGAGGCGUUUGGAGGAGCUAGAGAGGAAGGCAGAGACGGAAAGAAGAAAACAGCUUGAAAAGGCACAUGUUAGAGGAAAUCAUGCCUUGAAGAAGAUCCAGUUGGCCAAGGACAGGGAAAGGCUCCUGGAAGAACUGGAGCAAAUGCAGGCUCUGGAUCGGAUGCGCAGGAGACAGGUUGUCGCACAGAUGCCGCCUCAGCUUUCAGUGCCACCAUACAAACGCAUGGAAAUAAAAGAAGAAAGGCAAAGAGAAUUGGAGUCUGCAUUUGAGGAAAUGUACASUGAAGACAGGAACAUGAAAGGAGACCUGAUUUUGCAGUUUGAGCCACAGCCUUUGCCAGCCCCUUCUGAAAGAGCUCAAGAUAAUGAUCUUGAUAUCUCUUUGGAGCAAGAACCUUCUUGUGACACUCAGCCAGAGUUUCCUUGUGCUACUAAACAAGAAUCAGAACAUGUGAUAGAAGAGGUCCCUAAUGAACCAGAAAGACAUGAAGAAAGAAAAACUUGCCAACCUCGAUCAAAACUUGCCUUAAAGAAAUUGUUGAACAAAAUUAACAGCCAAAAAGAGGAGUGGACAUCAAAAAGUGAGAAAGAGAGUCAAAGUGAAUAUGAGACUAUUGAAUUAGGCACCAUUCAAGAGAGACCAUUAUGUGAUUUAAAACUUAACAAUGAGCAGCAGAAAAAUACAGUAUCUGAAGACAAAGGGCCUAUGAAAAUGUUGAAAAAUACAGUUGCAGAUGAACAGUCAGUUCUAAUCCAUCCUCAAGAGCAAGCAGCUAAAAUUAGAAUAGAAGAGGAGAGACAGAAGUGGAAUGAGGAAAUAGAGCAACAGAAACAGGAGCAGUUGGCCUUGAUUAAAAAAAUUGAGGAAGAGAAAGCACUUUUGGAGGCUGAUUAUCUGAAGAUCCAGAUGCAAACCUGUUUGGAGCAGGCUAAGAAAAAAAAAGAAGAGGAAGAGCAAGGUCAGCUGGUACAAAGCCACAGUCUCCCUUCUACAGAUCAGCAUAACCAAACAGAAUAUGAGACUGGAAAUGCUGCUGUCUCAGAAAGCAGGAGUCCUAGAGAAGACAGUCAUAUACAGAUAAUACGUAAUUUUCAACAACACCUUCUGCAGCAAAAACAGUUGCACAAACAGACYAUUGAAGAAGCUAGAAAGCAUCUACAGGAGUAUCAGAAUACACUGAAACAAAGGUACUUGGCUACUUCUGCAACACCACUGAGCUCAAUAGAAACAAAAUCCAUUAAUUUAGAGCCUAUCUCAGAACCAUUCCUACAGAAGCAAGGAGCACAGCCAACACAGUACCAGGCAUYGGAACAAGUUCAUUGCAAAGAAUAUGUGCAGUCAUUACCUGYAUUUUCAGGAAUAUUACAUAUGUUGGAAAAACCAUCUUCACGGGAGCAGGAAGAGCAAAUGCAUAGUGUUUGUCCUGGCAAAUCAGUGCGGUUUUCAGAAGCAUCAAAAUUGAAGCAUGGACAGUUUGACUUGCCACGUGACUGUCCUUCACAGGAACAAGUGGGAGUGUUCAAAACCACCAGUAAUCACAUCAGAGAACCGACCCAGGCCCAGUUACUCUCAGGGUUAGUCAGGAAAGAGGUCACUGCAGUAAGACCACAACCAGAAUCACGCCGACAGCAAGUUAGAUUUUCGUUGCUUGCGGAAAGUUCCUCUGAGUCUUCAGAAACAGUACACUUUAAAGAGUUAYCUCAGAAGGUAUCUAACUAUCAAACAGAGACAGAAGCUGGAGAAGAGCACCCAUUUAAGACAUCUCUCAUGCCAGCAGCAAAGAGAUCCUGUAUAGCCUCAGCUGAUCCUUUAGCCUGUCAGCAGGGAUCUGUAGAGAGCACCAGCAAAACAAGCCCUGAACAGCCCCUCAGUCUUUCAGCACACGAAGAAUCUAAAGCCCAGGGUAUUUCAAAACCAGGAGAUSCAUCUUUGUUAAAUUAUUCUGGUAUACUGAAUUUAAGGGACAGAGUGUUGGCUUCAUCAGAAAGCAUCCAAACUCAGCAAAAGCAUUUGAAAGAAUUGCAAGAACAGCUAGAUGCACAAAGGGAAGCUCUGCUUUCUAAACAGAGAAUACAAGAACAACUACUUUUACAGAAGCAAGAUAAAUUGAAGGAACAGAUGCAUAGACAGCAAGAGACUUUGAAAGAAUUUCUAAACAAGCUGGUGAGACAUGUGUCCCCAAAUGAAGAAAARACAGAGGCACAAAAGCCCAGCUGGAGUAAGAGAACUGACUUUUUCCAAGUCUCAGGAAACUACCAGCAAGAGAAUUGUGACAGGAGUAAAUUUCACGGAAGUGAAAUGAUUUCACAGUGCAUUGGUCUAGUUGAGCAAACUGAACAAUCUGAGAAAGUUCUCUGUAGAGAACAGAAAUGGAGAUCUUCCAAACCACCUGUGACAAAAGUCAAGUUAGGGCUCGGUUUGGAGCAACAUGAACUUAGUGUUAUACCAGAGAUAGACACACCAAGGAGUAGCAGCCUCUCUUUUGCAGACAAAACAGGUGAUGGUACUGGAGAAACUUACCCGAUUUCAUCCUCUGUGGAGUUUACAUGUGUGAAACAUCACAGUCAUGCUUCUCAUGAAGGCACCUUUCCUUUGGGCAUAACAAACGAUGAAGGAAAAGCCUUCAGUGAAAGUCUAAGGCAAACAAAUCCAUCAGGGAARUUAUUAAAAGAACUGCUGAUGCUGGCUUCUGAAACUUCAUAUGAUUCAGUCCUGUCCCAGGAUUCCCCAGUGUCUCAAGAUUCAUCAGUUCUUGCUGCUGAAGGUGGAGAGGGACUUAGAACACGUUCUGGACCAUCAUUUGGGCUUGAUAAUACGGAAGUACUUGGUUCAGAGGCUUUCAUGCAAGYAAUACCCUGUGAUGUGAGUUCAACAAUUUCCACUGGGAGCUUCUCAACCAGUGAAAUGUUGAAUGCAAGCCCUGUUGACACUGGAUUGCCUUGUAACAGUAGAGAAGAUGGAAUUCUGAGAGAAACAGCAAGCCACCCUUGGAGCUCCUCCCUUCCUUUUACCUUGCAGCAGAGGCAAGAGAAUUUGUCUGGGGCGUCUGAAAGUCAGUUGUCUGAAGGAGAGAUCUACCUUUAUAAAGAAAACCAGACACAGCAGAUCCUGGGGAAAUCUGCUGGGAACUUGUACUCUUACUCAGAGGACAGUGCACAUUUCCAAGCUCUAACACCUGAACUCUGUUUCCCUGAAAUGGAGAGGUAUUUUCCAAACUUCCAUCACCAGCUCUUUCAGCCUUUGGAACCAAAUAUUGACUCCGAUACAUCAUCAUCCUGUUCUCAGUACAGAAUUUCACAGCACAACAAAGAAUUUAGCAAGACUUCAGGAUUUUCAACAGAAAGUCCACACAUGUCUGCAUUUCUAGAAGUGGAGAACUCUGGUCUGAAUGGACAAAGAAGCACUCUGCCUUCUAGUCUUGAAACAAAUGGGCAAAACAUUACAUCAGAAGAAAARUCUGUUAGAGAAAGUGUUACUCCAGGUAUGUACUCUGUGGUCAGAUCAAGCUUUCAAAAUCAGCUUAUUCCAUUGCAUAAAUACCAGCCCUUAGGGUGGGUUGAAAUGGGGACGAGUCUCACUUCUGUCAGUCCUGCUUUGAAUUUGUCUUAACUCUGCUGCACUCUCAUACACUGUCUCCUCCACCACCUUUAAUGGUACCACUCCUAAAUUCUUUCAUUUCUUCCGAAGUUAUGACUGUGAUACAAAAUCAGACMAGCUUAUUCAAGUCACUGUAAUGGAUAUUAUGUUACCUUAUUCCUUCUGCAGUAAUUUUGUUAGUGAA